CUAGAUCUUACCCGAUGUUUUGGUAGCAGUUGGAAUAUAUUCUUGUUAAAAAAUGGGGGUUUCUACUUUUCGUCGUGUUGCUAUUUUCGUGGUUGUUGUACUUGGCACCUUCGUUCUAUCACAGGACUAUCCCACGUAUUCCGAGCUUGACCUACCCCGAACCCGCUUCAGCUGCAAGAACAAAAUAAAUGGUGGUUAUUACGCGGACAUCGAGACCGAUUGCCAGAUGUAUCACGUCUGCUCACGUGACAAAGAUGGCGUCAUGAGGAGCACCCGCUUCCUUUGCGGAAAUGGUACAGUGUUUGACCAACGACAGUUAGUGUGCCAAGAUUACAGACGGGUGCAGAGAUGCAAAGAAUCGAGAAAAUAUUAUAGAAAUGUAGGAACCGUUUUGGUCGGGGUUCAACCGAGGCUCAGGUCGGAAAGAAGACAUCAAGAAGUAAUCGAUGAGGAUUAUCCCACGUACUCUGAGCUUGACCUACCCGAGACCAGUUUCAGCUGCGAGGAUAAAGUGAAUGGAGGUUAUUACGCCGACAUCGAGACCAAAUGCCAGAUGUAUCACAUCUGCUCGCGGGACAAAGUUGGCGUCAUGAGGAGCACCCGGUUCCUUUGCGGCAAUGGAACGGUGUUCGAUCAACAACACUUAGUGUGCCAAGACUACAGACGGGUACCGAAAUGCAAAGAUUCCAGAAAAUACUACAGAAAUGUGGCGACAAUUUUGGAACUUUUAGAAGAAAGGUUGAGGUCGGAGAAAGGAGUGAAAGCUAUAAUGGAUGAGGCAACUUUCGAUUCGCAGAGAUUUAAAUGAGACUUUUCACUCUCUCCUCAUAUUUUAAUCAUUUUUGAAUUGCUUUGCUUAAAAAUGUGUACAGGGUUACCACAAAUGAUUCAUUUGUUUUCAAAUCGCUAUGUAUCCAAAAGUAUUGCACGCACAACGAUGAAGAACCUACAGGUUGUCACUAAAUGCCGUGCACAAACUUGAAAGGAAGGUGCAGAACACGAUAACAAGUAAGAAUCACUUAGAAACAUAUUGUUGCAAACGCAAUCUAACGCGUUACAUACACAUAAAGCCAGGCAUUGAAAAAUGCUAACCAGGUAACAAAUAGCGAUAGAUUAUGACACAAAUAAGAUUUUACACUACAUUUUAGUUUUAGAACCGCUUCUUGUAAUACAUGCGUUGCAGUUGUAUUACAUGCGAAGCAAUGACGAAACAUCGACCAUCGCAAUUACGAGUCAUCCUAACAUGCUUUCUUCCAUCUCUGCUUUGUUGUUGCGACUCGUGUGUUAGAGCUACUAGUCGCAAGUUUUAACAACAGCUUUAAACCUGUUCUAAAAUCUUAAAUUUGUGUAAAUCGAUUUUGUGUAAUAAACUAAUGAGCUGUUUCACAUCCACCAGUGUGUUCUGGCUUUGUAUGCACGUAGCGAAUCAGCAUUGCGUUUGCGACCAUAUGCACCUGAAUGCUUAUUUCUUGUUAUCGUGUUUUGCACCUCCCCUCUAAGCUUGCACACUGAAUUCAGGGACACCCUGUAUAAAAAUAACCUCAACUUAAUGUUUGGAACUGUGUUAACCAGGUGGUAAUCAGAGCGCAGUUCUUUUAAUAUGGUAAAACAAGAAACUUUUUGUGUGUGUGUGUGUUACAUCCUGAUGCGGACCAGUGUCGUCCUGGUAGUGUCGAGCGUCUUUUGGUAAUGGUCAUCAUUGUCGCAAGGAUGCUAUCCUUGAGUUCUACCGCUAUUGGUAGUGGGGAGUACAUAGACAAUGUCAUUGAUAUGGUCUCAAAGCACUGCAAGAAUAGAUGAAAUUCACGCAUUAUGUUACACACAUCCUACAAACAUGGUAUUUCUUUUGAAAUAUUAAUAUGCAACAGGGUCUGACGACGACCAAAGUCUUUGGUAAAGUUUCGUUUCUUGCGGGGGGGGGGGGGGUAAAUUUUGAAUCUACUCUUAGGGUGUCAAAUAUUAUUAAGAAGAAAACUCUUAUGGAAAUGUAAAUUAAAUAACAUAUCCUUAUCGAUCAGUACUUCAACACGUUUAAUCAUCAGCACAGAAUCCCUUGUUUUUAUUGUUUAGUGCUCCUUGCAGACAUUUUUUAGUAAAUUUAGUUCCUAUAUUUUUGGUAAUGUUGCAUGCUUAAUCAUUUUGCUCAAUAAAACUUUUGUA